UCCAAGGUCCAAACUUUCCUCUGUGUAACUCCAACCUGGCUAGUCUGAAUCUAGCUAACUACUACAGUAGCAAAAGUUGGGUUUUGGCCAUAGAUUUCUCUCCGCUGGUGCAACCAGCUCUUGCUUUAAUGUCCCUGCGCACAGUCCCAGAAGAAGAAACGUGUAUACAUUUUGCUGAUUUGUAAACAUCUAGCCCUAGAAGCAAAGCUAACAUCUCUCUCACUUAUUCCUGAAAUGUGCUCUCUAUUUUCUCUCAUACUACCGUUGAUUCUCCUCCUUCCAUUGGUUUCAUUCGCACUGACGAUCAAAGGCGAAGCUCAGGAGAUCAAGUCAGCCCGUCUCCUUGAUCUUGUCAUCAGAGACUACACGUUCCACUCAUAUAAUAAAAAGAAUUCCAGAACUGGAACAUCACGUCCCGUACAUCUACCAGCAAAUCUUUCCGGCAUAGAAGUUCACACAGCAAGGUUUCGAUGCGGCAGUCUUCGAAGGUAUGGUGCUAAGUUGAAGGAAUUUCACUUGGGGAAUGGCGUGAUUGUUCAUCCUUGUGUAGAAAGAGUCGUAGUAAUCACGCAAAACCUUGGAUCCAACUGGUCAUCUAUUUACUAUGAGAAUUAUGAGUUAUCCGGGUACCGACUUGUAUCUCCUGUUCUAGGCUUGCUAGCCUAUAAUGGUGGCGAUGACGUGAACUCAAGCAACCCUUUUGAAGUUGGGAUUCUGGCCGGGAGAAAUCCCAUUACUGUAGAUUUCGGCAGCGCCGGAAUUGUGAACAACGCGAUGGGGGGGCUGAUACCAUUGUGUGCUCGCUUUGAACAUGACGGGAAGAUAACACUGGGAAACCAAGUGUCUGCGAACUACGUCUGUGGGGCGAAAGGGAAUGGGCACUUCGGGUUAGUGGUCGAGUCGCCGCUGGUUCCGGAGAGGAAGAAAGUGAUCAGCAGAUGGAAGCUAGCGAUGGGGAGCUCCAUAGGAGCAGCGCUGGGGGCAUUCCUGCUGAGCUUGCUUCUGAUUGCGCUGCUGGCAAAGGUGAAGAAGAAAGCGAGGAUGGAGGAGAUGGAGAGGAGGGCCUACGAGGAGGAGGCUCUGCAAGUGACAAUGGUUGGCCAUGUCAGAGCCCCCACGGCGACUGGCAGUCGAACGGUACCUGCGAUUGAGCACGGGUACAGGCCUUCUCCUUCUUGAUCUCUGUUUUUUUCUUUUCUUUCUUUUUUUUUUCAAUAUUCUUUUUGUAAGAUCAAUUAAUUAGCUGGACAAAUUAAUUAAUGGUUUUGGUUGAUUACUAGUACUAUAAUUCAAAUUGAACCCAGACUCGACGAUUAUCUUGUUUAAUUACGAGAUCUUGAGUUUUAAUUUGCUCU